AUGGCAUCAUUCAACCCAUUCGCGAGACGCGAAACUCACAGCGCCAAUUCGCUGAAUACCUAUCGAGUCCUUGUACCCCUCACCUGGGCCUUGGUCGUGGUGGUUGGCAUCUACUACUCCAUUCACUCGCCCGACGAUACCAAGAAGAGCAAGAAGAUCUGGAAACAGGCUAAUAAGCAUAAUACUCCAUUCAGUCAGAACACUACUGUGACAGGUGUUUUCUGGAUCUUCCUCCUCCUCUCUCAGCUCAGCUAUGUCUGGCACCUCUUUUCCAAGAACAAUGUCCUCGUCACGGCAGCUGCCAACGUUGCCACCCACUUCAUCCUGAAUAACCUCUUCCUCGCCGCUUGGAUCCUCCUCUGGACCCGCAACCACUUCUGGGGCGCAGAGAUUAUCCUCAUCGCCCACUUAAUCAACCAGACAGUCACCUACUGGCGCCACCGCGGUCUACCGGCUUUUGUGCACCUACCCGCCGUCGCCGGCCCCUAUGCCUGGACACUGACUGCGCUGUUCUGGAACGGCGCGGUCGCUGUCCACAGCCACAACUUGCCUGGCCGUAUUGUUGCUAAUAUCUUUAUCUGGGUUAUCCUCGCAAUUGGACUGUUUGAUAUUGUCCUCCGGGAGGAUUAUAUCCUUGGAUAUUGUUUGAGUUGGUUGACGCUGUCACUUGCCCUCAGACAAGUUGCCAUCAAGAUCAUUGCCCUGCAGUGGAUCUUUGCCUUUACCGUCUUUGCCGUGUUCUUGGCCGUCUCUCUUUACAUCUCUACGACUAAGUACACUGGUCGUGACAGUCUCUUCCGUCGCGUUGCGCACCCUGAGUCGGUUGACCGGGAGAGAGAGCCACUGCUCAACGAGGGGGUGUGA